AUGGCGUGGCGCAACCAAGGAAUCACUGGUUCCAACAACAUCCCGUUAGGAAAUCGCCGCCGUUUUGGCGAUGGUGAUGGGCCGCAAGAUGGCUUCACGCCAUCGGAGACUGGGAGUCCAGCCCCAGACCUGAAGCGUGGACGCAGUCCAAUUCGAGAGUUGAACCCCGACGGCACGAAGAAGCGAAAGAAGCGAAACCGAUGGGGCGAUGCGACAGAGAACAAGGCCGCGGGUCUCAUGGGAUUGCCGACAGCUAUCAUGGCCAAUAUGACUACUGAACAGCUGGAGGCUUAUAUCGUCCAUCUGCGCAUCCAGGAGAUCAGCGAGAAGCUGCGGAUUAACGAUGUUGUCCCAGCUGAAGGCGACAGAUCUCCAUCCCCUCCUCCACAAUACGACAACUUCGGCCGUCGCGUGAAUACUCGAGAAUACCGUUACCGAAAGCGUUUGGAAGAUGAGCGGCACAAGCUCGUCGAGAAAGCGAUGAAGAUGAUCCCAAACUAUCAUCCACCAUCUGACUACAGACGGCCUACCAAGACCCAGGAGAAGGUCUAUGUGCCUGUUAACGAUUAUCCAGAGAUUAACUUCAUUGGACUACUUAUCGGACCACGUGGAAAUACUCUAAAAAAGAUGGAAACCGAAUCUGGCGCAAAGAUCGCCAUCCGUGGCAAAGGAUCUGUCAAGGAAGGAAAAGGUCGAUCUGACGCGGCUCACUCCAGCAACCAGGAAGAAGAUUUGCAUUGCUUAAUCAUGGCCGAUUCGGAGGACAAGGUGAUUAAGGCGAAGAAGCUCAUCCAUAACGUUAUUGAAACGGCCGCUUCCAUCCCAGAAGGACAGAACGAAUUGAAGCGGAAUCAACUUCGCGAACUCGCAGCCCUCAACGGUACUUUGCGAGACGAUGAAAAUCAGGCCUGCCAGAAUUGCGGCGAGAUCGGUCACCGAAAAUACGACUGCCCUCAACAACGGAAUUUCACCACAAAUAUCAUCUGCCGAAUCUGCGGUAAUGCAGGCCACAUGGCACGAGAUUGUCCCGAUCGUCAACGAGGUACCAAUUGGCGGAACGAUGACCGAGGUCCUCGCCCAGCUGGCAGGAUCGGAGCUGGAGAUGCUGUGGAUCGCGAAUACGAAUCCCUCAUGCAAGAGCUGUCGGGUGGUGCCGCAUCCAGCGGUGCCCAGCAAAGGAUCGAGUACAAUGAUGAGGGUUACGGUGCUGCAGCUGGUGGCGAAAAUCUCAAGCCCUGGCAACGUGGUCCAACUGGGGCUCCCGCGCCAUGGCAGCAACGAGACAACGAUCGCGGUGCCUCAGGAUCGGCUCCCGCGCCAUGGGCUGCUGGUGGAAGCGGUAAUCGAACAAACGACAGCUACGGAUAUGGCCAGCAGCAGGGAUAUGGUGCCCCUCCGGCUCCAUCUGGGGCUGCACCUUGGCAGCAGGCAGCGCCUCCCGCUCAAGCUUCAGGUUACGGGUAUGGAUACCCUGCCGGUGGUUAUGGUGCGCCUGGUGCACCUGGUGCGCCACCUGCGCCGGGCAUGUAUCCUGGGUAUGGUGAUAGUGCGGCUCCUCCACCUCCACCUCCGACUGAUGCUGCUCCUCCUCCACCACCGAACGAGCAACCUCCUCCACCUCCCCCUGGCGCUUGA